UGUCAAUGCUGUAGUGUCAACUGCACGACGUCCUGAACAUACCUGUACGGAAAGGUUAUUUCUCAGUCAAUAACUAGAACGUCCUUGAUAUCGCUGUGUAAACUGACCCCUUGGGAUUGGAACCCGCGACCCCCUGACCCGUGCAUACCGGACGGUCCCCGUGCGGACAAUAGGCGUGUGUUGGAGCGUGGCGUGUGUGGGUCUGGCCUCGGGCGCUCAUCUCAGGCAGGCGGCCGGCCACUCGCCCCGCGCCCGCAGUCACGUCCGUCCGCAGCGCCCGCCCAGCCGCGCGUACCUCAGCCCCGACCGUCACACCGCCGCACGCCCGCGGAGCUCCCCUCGCGGUCCGGCACCAUGAACUCUCCACAGUCCGCCGCCGGAGACUCCUGCCCCGACAGCCCACCGGGCCCUGCUCGGCAGCGAGACGGCAGCAGGACGCCAGCAGACCCCGCAGACAUGGACAGGCACAGACGGAAGCGGAAGGCCGGGGAGGAGCCGACCCCGCACAAGGUGAUUGAGAAGCGGCGGAGAGACCGCAUCAACCAGCGGUUCGAGGAGCUGCGCGGACUGGUGCCCACCGCACGGAACUCACAGGGUGUUAAGAACGACAAAGUCGACCUCCUCCACAUGACGAUAGAACACCUGAAGACACUGACAGGAAGAACCUCACCUGUGGACAGGGAAAAUGACGAGAACUGUCCCCAGCAGACGUCAGCCCCUCCCGCCCGAGGAGUGAUCUUCACAGCGACGGACGCGGUGCUGGCGGGGUUCUCGGAGUGCGCGUACGAGGCUCUGCAGUUCCUGCUGCACGAGGAGCACAUGCCGGAGGACAGCGAGCUGGUCGUCAGCCUGCGCUCACACCUCAGGAACUCCCAGAUGUCCCUGGACGUGCACCGGGUGCUCCAGACGCACCUCCCGCACCCCACCUUCGACUCGGCGCCGCCCCAGCGCCUCAUGACGCCCCCCAGACACGCCGUGGACAUGCCCCUUCCACCGUCCCCGCACACCAUGCAGUCCCCCAGCCAGCCGACAGCGUCCAGAUCAGAGCUCGCCAUGCCGGCAACCCCACAGCCGCCUGUACCAACAACGUACCCGAACUCCCCUGCAGUCGUCCACAGCUUUUCUCCCGCAAAGCUGCCCAGUUCCCCGGGGGUACAGAUUUCCCUGCAACAGCAGGCCGCCGUCGGGGUGCCGAACUCGCCAGGGGUCCAACUCGGCAUGCAACACAGGCUCACCCCGCCCUGCACCACCCCAAACAGCACCAUGUCCCUCCCCAACGUCACGCCCUUAACCGUUGCCAUGGCAACGUCGACGGUUGCCAGGGUGACGGCAUCUGCUGCCAUGGCUACCAGCAGUCCCUCACCAGGUCCGGUGAUGCCGAUAUUCGCCUACUUGCCGCCCCGUUCCUAUGGUUACGGCAUGCCGACCCCGCCCCCUCCACCGCCCCCUCAGUACGCCAACGGCCCGCCGGUCAGUCCGUACCAGCCCGUGUUUGUCGGCUGGCUGCCCCCGCCGCCUCAACCACCCCCACAGUAGCAGGAGAAAAAUGCAAAAAUAUUAACAACAUACAAAUAUGCUAAUCCUUGAUUAAUCUACUGACUGUUUUGACCAAGCAGGACAGGAGGAUACACAAGAAAACAGUUACUCAGGCAACUGGACAGAUUUUGAAAACUGUCAGACUGUCAUUACUGGAUGCUACUUAAAUUUAGUUGAAAGGUCUGGCAGUUUUCAAAAUCUAUCCAGGUGACUGUUUUGUUCAGUCUGUAUCUCAUUAUCUGAAUGUCUUAACCUUCAUCGACGUAGCACAAUUCAGAAAAACAUUGUAUAACGCCAACAGCCCAAUGACCAGUCAUACACUGGCAUACAAAUCCUUAAUUUCCUGACUGAAAAACAGCAAGAAAACACUGCCUUAACAUUACAGUAUUAGAGAAGUGUAUUAUGUCUGACUUUGAGCCUCAGUGAUGUGUUGGUUGCAAAUGUGUACUACUGUAUGUAUUCCUCAAAAAAAUUAAUGCAAAAAAAGAAGAAGAAAAUUAAAACCUACUAGCUGGAGUACAAUAUAGACUUAGAGACAAGAGGUGUAUGUAUAUAUCUUAAGGUACAUUCUAAUAUGACAAGCACACAGUACUUACAUGUACAAAACAUGGGGUAUAUGAUACAUGUACAUAUACUCAGAACACUGUACAUACUGUUACACAUUUCAAACUAAAGCUGUUAAAAAUUUAUUGACAGAGCAACAACACUGUUGUAAGGUUGCUUAAGAAGAAUGGAGGAGCUUUUCCUCUUUCAGUCCACCAUUGGUAGCAUAUAGUUACUGUCACAUAAUUUCAAUGAAGAAGUUGUCCUGUUCAGAGCAACAUUUUGAACCCAUCACCAAGGCUGCAUUUCUAGACUAGCAAGCAAAAACAUUUACCGGUAUAGUAGAAUGCUAUAAUAUAAUAGCUCUUUUAAACAAUAACAUUAAGCAAUACAUACUGUAUAAUAGUAACCAAUCAUGGACUGUAAGAUACACUACUGACCAAUCAGCAUGCUGUACUCAGUAGCUAUGGUUACAGCAUUGGAUAUUGACCAACCAGAGUUCACCUUCAUUCUAAUUGAUGUUGAUGUGAAGUGUUUGUGUGGCCCUGAUGCUGUUGUUCUUGUCUAUCCAAUGAUCACCAAGCUGACACACUGCUGACCAAAUAUCAACGUUAAUGUUUUGUAACCAUGACAACUAUUUGCACAGAGACAAAGCUAGACUUAUUACCGAUGCUCCUCACAUCUGCUUGACAAGAUUUGUGUCUGUUACGAGCAAGGUUCAACUUGUAGCCAGACGUUCUGUAAAUAAAGUCCUGACA